CAAAUAUUUUCCUGCGAGCCUUUCACGAUUUCUCACGUCUUUUGCUGCGAUACUCUCCCUCUCACCACUGCCGUUCUACCGACGACGACACUUUCAUCUCUGUCCCUCGUCGUCGUCUCUGUCCGUCGUCUCUGUUCGUCGUCGUCUUCCCCGUCGUCCACAUGGGUUUCGCUUAGGGUUCUUCGUCUACCGGCUCGUCUCUUUACUGCUAUUAGACACUUGGAAGCUAAUGAUUCGAGAUCUUAAGUUCCACAUCCUCUUCUGACCUUCGUUUGUUUCCGACGACCUCUGCUGACUAUCUCUCUGCAUCAACAACAAGGGCUGUCCGGAUAUGCCAUAUUUUAAUUUGGGAAUUGUUUCUUGUGGUUGGUGGGGCGUGUGCUAAUGUGGCAUUGUUGGAGAGAAGGAUAACUGAGUGUUGCAGGGUUGAGCAAGGAACCUAGUGAUGCAUAAGUCGUUACUGAAGUUAGAAGGUACAAAACAAUGGUGAGGUUUAAAAACCGAUACAUGGUGUUUGAAGUUCUCUUGGAUCCCAAUAAAAACCUUAAAACAGAUGAUCCUAUUAUCAUUACCCAAUAUAAUGUUUCAAAAGCAAUCAAGGAUAGUAUUCUUCUCAACUUCGGGGAAUGUGGUUUUGCUUCCGCACUUGGAUCUUUUCAAGUUAAGUAUGUAAAUCCAAUCACGAAGUUAUGUAUUAUUAGAGCCUCCAGAGAGGACUACCAGAAUGUGUGGGCUGCAAUUACUAUGGUGAGGAGUAUCAGCAAUUGUCCCGUUGUAUUCAAUCUACUGGACCUAAGUGGAAAUACAAGGGCCUGCAAGAACACCGCCUUGAGGCUCGAUGGAUUGAAGUUUGAGCAAUAUAAACUUAUGGUUGGACAUUGUCUUCCAGAUAAUGUAAAGAUGCAAAUGCAGAACUGUCUCGAGAAGAUUGCAAAUUUAGAAAACUGAUUGUAUUGUUGCCAUUUAUAUGAAAUCCACCGUUUCAAGAUAAUUUUAAUUAGAUAAUUCACUUGAAUCCCACACAUUUUUGUUCCGGUUGCACUCCCUGCCCCUUCGCAUUUUUAUUUCAUUUGAUCUUUUUGCA